AUGUCUAUUGUGCCUUACAACAAUGAAAACCUCAGUAUAGUUCUGAGAAGCCCGGAACUGGGCUCCAUAGUUCUGUACAACAAAGCGACAAAAUCGCUGGAGCUGGUGAAUUUGGACUCUUCUGGUCAUAUUCCGGAUGCUGAAGACUUUUAUGACUCGAAAGGUAGAAUGAAGCGAUUGAUUUCUAGUGAGUCCCUCGUAGACUCGGAUCAAGCCGCCAACAGCUACUGUCCCCAUUGCGGCCAGGAAAUACCAAAUGAUGACAAAAGAAGACAAAGUAGCACUCAGACCAGAAAUUUUGAUUUGGAAAACUUUAGGAGUGCAGGUCCUUCCAUGAGAAGUGAUUACUUCAGAUUGCUCGCUAGUGGAGGCGACUUUAGCAAGCAGGAGCUGUUCGAUAUCAUAAAAAAUAGAAGAAGAAAUACUCUUCUCGAAGACACUGAUCCGCAUUUCGAAGAUGAUGGAGGGGAUGAAAGCGUCAUAGGGGAACGUUCUAAUGGUGGAGACCUUUUCUCGGAUGAGGAUCUGGGAGACUUUCCGGCAACACUCUUCACCCAGGGUUAUUUCAAGAAGUUCUUCAGAGUGAAGCAACGACUUGGAAACGGAAGCAACGGAACUGUUCUCAAAGUUGAACAUGUUCUCCAUAAUCUGCCUUUGGGGGUUUUUGCCUUGAAGAAGAUACCUAUAGGGUCUCAUCUGUCCAAUCUUCCGGAGAGACUUAAAGAAGUGAAGCUUCUGUUCCAGCUCACAGAGGCAAGCGGGCUGGACACUGGCAUAGAAGACUUGCUGGAUGAUGACGGGAACUCAAUCGACGGAAAGGAAAGUCUCAUAAAGUAUAACCAUGUGUGGUUGGAGAUUGAUCAGGUCAGUGAUUUCUCACCAAGAGUUCCCUGUGUGUUCAUUCUUUUUGAAUACUGUGAUGGCGGGAAUCUAGAAGAGCUUGUGGAAAGUCUGAAACAUCCCAUUAUAGAUAUCGAGAAGACAAAACUGUACAGAAGAGCGAGAAGAACUUCCUCUAAUGAAGCAACCCCAAUGGAGCAGCAACCCAGAUUUCUGAAUGCUUUCGAGAUCUACAAAAUAUUCAGAGAUAUCGUUGUUGGUGUAUCAUAUCUCCAUAGAUCGCAUAUCCUUCAUCGUGACCUGAAGCCUGCGAAUUGUUUAUUGAAGCAACAAUUCACUGAUAACCUGAGGCAGAAUCCUAUUUGCAGCGUUUCGGAUCUUCACUCUUUUCCAUCUGUGACGGUAAGUGAUUUUGGAGAAGGUAUCAUGGAAGGAAUGAAGAGAGAGUCUACAGGAGCUACCGGAACAAUUGAAUUUUCUGCGCCUGAGUUGUUUUUCAGAGGACAGAACGGGGCGUUAAACGAUUUUACGACCAGUUCAGACGUGUACUCGUUGGGGAUGAUACUAUACUAUCUGUGUUUCGGGGAAUUGCCCUACACCAGCGAUGACCCCGAAGAUGUUCGCAAAACAAUUGAACAUAGCUACAAAAAUGAUGCAAACCUUUCCUCCUUUGGUGAUGCAAAACGGCUCAAAGAACCUCUCAUGGAGGAUUGGCUGAAACUCAUUAGCCGCAUGCUUGAGCCUCAAAGUUACAAGAGACCCAAUUGCUUGGAAAUACUUGCAGACUUGGUGAAGAUAUUUCACAAAUUGCAGACUCUGGAUGAUAAAAACACUACUGAGAAUAUGACUCUAUUCAAAUGGGAAAGGGCAAGCGAAUCUCAGGAAACGUUAACCACAUAUGCUCCGAUCAGCACUAUAAGUGAUGCGGUCUUACUGGAGGAUAGAGAUCCCCUGACUUAUCCACCGGUAGCCAACACGAUGUUGAACAUGUCACAGUUGGUUACAUUCGCUGUUUCUAUCUCAAACUUUUUGAUUUACAAAUAUGUUUCGUACCGUCUUUCGCAGUUGGUUCCGCAGAACGUGAUGAAAAAUCGGGAAACGGCAUUCCUGCAGCGAGGCAAACUGCUGGAGUUAUUCAUAUAUGGAAUAUUCCUGUGUAGCGGGAUACAGAUAACUUCGCCAACUCCCAUAAAGUUGAAGGUUUUCCUAGUUGAAUUGUUGACACUCUUGGGUAUUGAACUUGUCGGUGGUACGUGA